GAGUGGGCGAGGAACCACGAGGGCGGGACGCGGGAGUUGGCGGGGCCGCAGACGGGGACGGACCGGGCGGAACCAUCGCUGCGGGCACCAGGCACCGCUAUGGCCGCAUCUGACGAGCUCCGCUUUCCCCAGCUCGAGGAGGCCUCAGAGCUGCCAUCGGCCGCCGUCACCAUGGGCCCCGCCGACGAGGAGGGCGAAGACACCGACGGCGCCGCGCUCCUGGGCCGGCAGAAGCAGCCGCACGGUUUCUGGACCUUCGAGUAUUACCAGGCCUUCUUCGAUGUUGACACCCGGCAGGUGCUGGACAGGAUCAAGGGCUCCGUGACGCCGCUGCCGGGGAGGAACUUUGUGCGCCACCACUUGCGGAAUAACCCCGACCUCUACGGGCCCUUCUGGAUCUGCGCCACCCUCGCGGUCACCCUGGCCAUCAGCGGCAACUUGUCCUACCUGCCGGAGAAGCAGGCGUCUCCCUCCUUCCACUACAGCCCGCAGUUCCACAAAGUCACCAUCGCAGCCACCCUCGUCUACUGCUACGCCUGGCUGGUGCCGCUGGCGCUCUGGGGAUACCUGCGGUGGCGGCAGGGCCCCGGGCCGCACGCAGCCGCCUACAGCUUCUUGGAGACCGUGUGCGUCUACGGCUACUCGCUCUUCGCCUACAUCCCCACGGCGGUGCUGUGGCUGAUCCCGGCCGCCUGGCUGCAGUGGCUGCUGCUGGCCGUGGCCGCGCUGCUCUCGGCCUCGGUGCUGGCGCUCGCCUUCUGGCCGCUGCUCCGGGCCGACGGCCGGGCGGCCGCCCUGGCCCUGCUGGCCGCCGUCGUCUCCCUGCACGCCCUCCUCGCCGUCUGCUGCAAGCUCUAUUUCUUCCAGCGGCCGCCAAGCGUCGCCCCGGCCCCUUCGCCGCUCCACCCCACACCGGGGACCGAGCCCCACCGCAGCCGCUUCGCCAACCUCUCCCAGCCGGCGAGGUAAGAGGGGCCGCGAGCGGGGCAGGGAGCCCCCUCGGGCUGGACGCUGCGGCUGCGCCGGAGGGGUCUCGCCCUCGGCUGCCUCCUCCCCGAGCGCCGGCAGCCCGACUCUUCGCUAUGCCGUGACCGAAAUAAAAACCUGGGGCUGCCGCCCUGCCUGGCGA